AACAGCUAGGAGUGGCCCAGCAGGGUGUGUGGAUGACGGGGAGCACGGAGCAGCCUUCACGGUGUGGCGGAACUACAAGCAGCCUGGAGCGGAGCUGCGCCCUAGAAGACGAUCAUAGUCUCGCCCUCUUGCUGUAUUGACUAGGGAUCUGGUCAGAAGUAUUGGACACUUCUUUAAGAAGAAAGCUACCGCAUUGACGGGCAGCUCAGCAUAUCAAUCAACAUGUUCAAUCUGAUGAAGAAGGAUAAGGAGAGGGAAUCAGGAAGAAAGGAAAAAAAAGACAAGAAGGAGAGGAUGUCUGCAGCAGAACUGCGGAGCCUUGAGGAAAUGAGCAUGCGGCGGGGUUUCUUCAACCUGAAGAGAGAGUCCAAGCGUGAGUCCAAGAACAAAGUAGAGAUAUCCAACCCAAUUCCAAUCAAAGUUGCCAGCAGCUCGGACCUCACGCUUACCGACAUUGAAUCAGAUGGCAUAAGCAAUAGAAGUGCUAUCAUUCUGGAUGAGCAGCUGUGUGCUGCCAGCUCUGUUGAUGACCUGAAGGGUGAUGGAGGAGGACAGGAUGGACAUCGCAACUCAGUUCGAGAUCGCGUCGCACACUUCGGCUCCAUGGCAAAGCAAAACUCAUCACAGGUGGGACAGAUGAUGAAGCGCUUUUCCUUUUCCCAGAAAAGCAAAGAAGAGAGCCCUUCAGAGGGCUCUACGCCAUCAGGCCAAAACUCUGCUGCUCCAUCCCCACAGGUGGAGAGCAAAGUCUUCAGCAUGCUGCGCAAACAUAGCCUCAACCAGCAGACGGCCAAGCCCACCGUCAGACAGGUGUGCAUUCCGGAAGUUGUUCACAAGACCUUCCCUGCUCAGCUGCAGCUGCCAGCUGUUGUUGCACCAGUUGCACCUGAAACACGGGAGCUGGUGCUCCAGCGUCGCCACACUGGGGAUUUUGGCUUUUCUUUGCGUCGCACCACCAUGUUAGACCGCAGCCCAGAUGGAGGAGUCUACAGGCGGGUGGUCCACUUUGCUGAACCAGGUGCAGGCACAAAAGACCUGAUACUCGGUCUGGUGCCAGGUGACAGACUGGUGGAGAUAAAUAGGUGCAACGUGGAGAACAAGACCCGUGAUGAGAUAGUUGAGAUGAUCCGCCAGUCAGGUGACACUGUGCGUCUGAAAGUGCAGCCCAUCCUGGAGCUCAGUGAGCUGAGCCACUGCUGGCUGAGGAACACUCAGGAACUUCGAAGGGAUGCCAGACAUGGAUCUGUGGAAGAGGAAUCUUUGGCUCUGCUUCCGGCAUCUCAUGCUGCUGCUAAACAGUCCCAGGUAAAGACAGAAGAGCAGAUAGCAACUGAGCAGGCUUGGUAUGGUUCAGAGAAAGUUUGGCUGGUCCACAAGGAGGGCUUCUCCCUGGCUACGGUGUUGAAGACAGAGCCUGGUUCCCUCCCAGAAGGAAAAGUGACAAUCAAACUGGAAAGUAAUGACACAAUACUUGUUGUGGAUGAGGACGAUAUUGAAAAGGCCAACCCUCCAUCGUACGAUCGCUCUCAAGAUCUGGCUUCUCUGCUCUAUCUUAAUGAAUCCAGUGUGAUCCACUGCUUGAGGCAGCGCUAUGGAGGAAACCUUAUCCACUCCUAUGCUGGAUCCAACAUGGUGAUCAUAAACCCCCUCAGUACACCCUCCAUGUAUUCAGAGAAGGUGAUGCUCAUGUUUAAAGGCUGUCGUCGCGAGGACUCAGCUCCUCAUAUCUACUCUGUGGCCCAGUCAGCCUACCGUAAUCUUCUCACCACAAGGCAGGAUCAAUCCAUCGUGCUACUGGGAAAGUCUGGCAGUGGAAAAACCACCAACUGCCAGCACCUUGUCCAGUACUUGGCGUCUAUUGCUGGCAGCACCGGCAAAAUCUUCUCUGCGGAGAAGUGGCAAGCAGUCUACACCAUCCUUGAGGCUUUUGGCAACACUUCUACCUCCAUGAACACCAACGCCAGCCGUUUCUCACACAUAGUGUCGCUUGACUUUGACCAAGCAGGGCAGGUGGCUUCUGCCUCCAUUCAGACAAUGCUUUUGGAGAAAAUGAGGGUGAGCAGACGACCAGAAAAUGAGUCAACCUUCAACAUUUUUUAUUACAUGAUGGAUGGAGCCGACAACACCCUGAGAACUGAGCUGCACUUUAAUCACCUCGCUGAGGACAACACCUUUGGCAUCAUUCCACAUUCUAAGCCUGAGGACAAGCAGCGAGCAUCACAACAGUUCACUAAACUGCAGGCAGCCAUGAAGGUGCUGGGCAUCUCUGUUGAUGAACAGAAGGCUCUCUGGCUCAUUCUAGGCGCCAUUUGCCACUUGGGUGCUGCUGGAGCAACUCAAGCUGGACGCAGGCAGUUUACCCGCCAUGAAUGGGCUCAGAAGGCGGCCUACCUCCUGGGCUGCACCUUAGAGGAGCUGACAUCGACUAUAUUCAAGCACCCUCCCAAAGGCUUGCAGCACUCCACCUCCUUCAGAGGAGGACCAGAUGAAACUACCCAAGGUGACAACUCAGGUUGUAAGGUCACAGCUAUGGAGUGUUUGGAGGCCAUGGCAUCGGGACUCUACUCAGAGCUCUUCACUCUCAUCGUCUCCCUUAUCAACAGAGCUCUGAAGUCAAGUCAACACUCUUUGUGUUCCCUGCUAAUUGUGGAUACUCCAGGAUUCCAGAACCCACAUCUUGCACAGCAGCAGCGGGGAGCUACAUUUGAGGAGCUUUGCCAUAACUACACCCAGGAGAGGUUGCAGACCCUGUUCCAUGAACGAACCUUUUUCCAGGAGGUGGAGAAAUACAAGGAGGAAAACAUAGAACUUGCUUUAGAUGACAUAGACUCCACUCCUUCAGUGUCUGUAGCAGCUAUCGACCAAACCUCGCCUCAAGCUCUGGUGCGCACUCUGGCAAGAACAGAUGAAGCUCGGGGGCUCCUGUGGCUGAUGGAAGAGGAGGCAGGUCAUCCUGCAGGCUCAGAGGAGAGCAUGUUGGAGAGGCUCUUCAGCUACUAUGGCUCUGGACAGGGAGACCACAAAGGAGCAAAUCUGCUGCUACGAGGACGAAAACCCUACAUGUUCCUGCUGGGUCACAGCAAUGGGACGGACUGGGUUGAGUACAACACCCAGGGCUGGCUGAGCCAUGCCAAGCAUAAUCCUGCUGCCCAGAACGCUGCCACCCUGCUGCAGGACUCCCACAAGAAGAACAUCAAUGGUCUGUUCAUGGGCCGAGCCAGCGGAGCCACGGUGUUGUCAGGUUCUAUCGCUGGUCUGGAGGGCCGCUCUCAGCUGGCCCUGCGACGGGCCACCAGCAUGAGGAAGACCUUCACCACGGGUGUGGCUGCUGUCAAGAAGAAGAGCUUGUGUAUUCAGGUCAAACUCCAGGUGGAUGCUCUAAUUGACAUGGUGCGUCGCUCCAAGGUCCAUUUUGUCCAUUGCCUGUUGCCCAAAGUCCAGACUGUCAGUGAGUCAAGUGUUCCACCUGGAGAAAGUCUGGAUUCAGGCCUCAUGACAGUGGAUGUGGGUCUUUUAAGAGCUCAGCUUCGAGGAUCCAAACUGUUGGAUGCAUUGCGCAUCUACAGACAAGGAUACCCAGACAACAUGGUGUUUUCUGAGUUCCUGAGGCGUUUUGAUGUCCUGGCACCACAUUUGACCAAGAAGCAUGGACAUCAUUUCAUAGUGACAGAUGAGAAGCACGCAGUGGAGGAAUUGCUGGAGUGUUUAGAUUUGGAGAAAAGCAACUACCACAUGGGACUAAGCAGGGUGUUCUUCAGAGCAGGGACUUUGUCCAGGCUGGAGGAGCAGAGGGUUGUUCAGACCAGAAGGAACAUCUCUCUGUUUCAGGCUGCCUGCAGAGGCUAUUUGGCCAGACAAGCAUUUAAAAAGAGAAAGAUCCAGGAUCUGGCCAUCCGUUGUAUCCAGAAAAACAUCAUGAAGAAUCGUGGUGUCAAAGGUUGGCCGUGGUGGAAACUUUUGGCUACGGUCAGACCUCUAAUUGAGGUCCAGCUCACUGAGGAACAAAUCCGUAGCAAGGAUGAAGAGAUCCAGCAGUUGAAGCACAAGUUGGAGAAAGUUGAGAAAGAAAGGAGUGAACUGAGACUCAACAAUGACCGCCUAGAGAGCAGGAUCACUGAGCUGUCAUCAGAGUUGACUGAUGAGCGGAACACUUGGGAGUCCGCCUCUCAAAUGCUGGAGACUGAAACAUCUGAGAGACUCCGUCUUGAGAAAGACAUGAAGGACCUGCAGACUUGCUUUGAUAGCAUGAAGAAAGAGACGGAGUCCAUGGAGAUGGAAGUGAUGGAAGCUCGUCUCAUCAGAGCCUCGGAACUCAAUGGGGAGAUGGAUGAUGAUGAACCAGGAGGAGAGUGGAGGCUGAAAUAUGAAAGAGCUAUCAGAGAAAUUGAAUUGACAAAGAAGAGACUUCAACAGGAGUUUGAUGACAAACUGGAACAAGAACAGCAAACUAAACGCCAGCUGGAGAGGAGGAUCAGCGACCUGCAGGACGAUAACGAAGAAUCCCAGCGAAAUAUUCAGCUGCUAAAGAAGAAAGCACAGAGACUGACGGCCGAACUGCAGGACACUAAACUUCAUUUGGAGGGCCAGCAGAGCCGCAACCAUGACCUGGAGAAGAAGCAGAGGAAGUUCGACAGUGAGCUGAGUGGCGCCCAAGAAGAAGUACAGAGGGAGAAGACCUUGAGGGAGAAGUUGGGCCGUGAGAAAGACAUCCUGACUGGAGAGUCUUUCAGUGUCAGACAGCAGUUAGAGGACAAGGACUUGGAGAUUUGUGCAGUCAACCUGAAGUUGGAGCAGCUGGAGGCUGACCUCCAGGACCUCAACUCCCAAGAGUCCAAGGAUGAGGCAUCACUUGCUAAGAUUCGAAAGCAGCUGCGUGACAUGGAGGCAAAAGUGAAAGACCAAGAAGAGGAACUCGACGAGCAAGCUGGAACCAUCCAGAUGUUAGAACAGGCCAAGUUACGUCUGGAGAUGGAGAUGGAACGUUUGCGUCAAACACAUUCCAAAGAUAUUGAGGGCAAAGAUGAUGAGGUUGAUGAAAUAAGACAGUCGUACAGCAAGAAGUUGAAGCAAAUGGAGGUCCAGCUUGAGGAAGAAUAUGAGGAGAAGCAGAAGGUGCUAAAAGAGAAAAGAGAGCUGGAGUCAAAGCUCCUGUCAGCUCAGGACAAGGUGAGAAGUGGAGACAUUGAGAGUGAGAAACGUCUGAGGAAAGACCUGAAGAGGACCAAGACUCUGCUGGCUGACUCUCAGAUGAUGUUAGAGCACGUGAAGAACAAUGCACCCAGCAAGAGGGAGACUGCACAACUGAAGAACCAGCUGGAGGAGUCUGAGUUCACGUGUGCUGCUGCACUUAAAGCCCGCAAGUCCAUGGAGGUGGAGAUUGAAGACUUGCAUCUUCAGAUGGAGGACAUCUCUAAAUCCAAACAGGCGCUGGAGGAGCAGAUGAGUCGUCUGCAAAGAGAGAAGAACGACCUGCAGACACGGACGGAGGAAGACCAGGAGGACCUAAAUGAGUUGAUGAAGAAACACAAGGCUGCUGUAGCUCAGUCCGCACAGAACCUGGCUCAGAUCAGUGACCUACAAGCCCAGUUGGAGGAGGCCCUCAGGGACAAGGUGGAUGCUCACGAGAAGAUGCAAGCCCUCCAGAGUCAGCUGGACUUCCAGGAGCAGUCCAUGGUGGAGAAAUCCCUUGUGAGCCGACAGGAGGCCAAAAUCCGUGAACUGGAAACUAAGCUGGACUUUGAGAAGACCCAGGUCAAACGUCUGGAGACCCUUGUAGCACGUCUCAAGGAGAACUUGGAAAAAAUGACGGAGGAACGAGACCAAUGCAGUAGCAGCGAGAUGCGGGACAAAGAAGCGGGCAAACGAUUGCAAAGGCAGAUACGCGACAUGAGAGAAGAGAUGAGUGAACUUGGCAAAAAGGAAGGAGAGGCCAGCCGCAAAAAGCACGAGCUGGAAAUGGACAUUGAAAGCUUGGAAGCUGCAAAUCAGAGUCUGCAGGCAGACCUAAAACUGGCCUUCAAACGCAUUGGUGACCUCCAGGCUGCCAUUGAGGACGAAAUGGAGAGUGACGACAACGAAGACCUUAUCAACAGUCAAGGGAAUUCAGACACUGACUCUGAGGUGGAGGGUUGUGUGGAUGAGGUGAAACUCUGGUUGUCCAAAAGUAAAGGAUCUACCAAGAACUUUUCAGAUGACGGCAGCCUGAAGAGCUCUAGCCCACCUGGCAGAGGACGCUACUUCUUCAGAUCUGAUGAGGAGGAAGACGAUGUGAGCGUGGAUCUUCCUACUAUCCUGCACUCAGAUGGAGGAUCCCACUGAAGGACGCCGUGUCAAAACUUAUCUAGCGGGUUCUUCAUGGAAUCAUCUUCUGAAAGAAAUAUGGAGUCACUUGUUGUCUUGCAUGCAAAGUUGACUCACUUGUGUCAUUCCAGAUCUUCUCAGUAUUUCUUUACUUUACAACUUUGCUUGCAAUCGAAUGCUUUUGUUUGCUUUUUGAACCAAUGACUGGCUGCUUGGUCUCUUCAACAGAACUGAGCUACAGCAUUUGAGAUGGAAAUGAUAGCAGGUUUUUGUUUAUUUCUUUUGCAUUUAUUCACUGUAUUAAUAUGCCAAAAAUCUAUUUUUGUGUGUGUGUGUGUGUGUGUGUGUGUGUGUGUGUGUGUGUGUGUGUGUGUGUGCGCACUGUUCUGCCAAUGAAUACUGAAUACUGGCAAAUGAUUUUUCUUCCUCAGACUUGAAUGGGACAAGUGCUUUUUGAUUCCAGGGGGCUUUUUCUUUCUUCACCUGCAUUCCUGCUGCACUCUGAAGACUCAUCUCCAAUGUUUGCAUCACUUUUAAGAGUGAAGGGAAAGACAUCAUGAACAUCUCUACCUGCACUGAAGGCAACGAUCAUUGUAUUCCCUUUCUAUUUGUUUGUUGGUGUCGCCACUGAACAAAGAAAUAUAUCAGACUACUUGGAAA